AUGUAUCACAUUUGCGUAGAAAGUCAAGCGCUUCGACCCGAACUCGCGGAACAACCAGAGAGUCGGCCCGAAUGGGCUGCGUGUUUGUGGUAUACCCCUGUAGCGUUUCACACCCGGGCCACAAACGAAGGCGUGCAGGGGCAAUGGCUCACCCAUGGUCCCAUGGGGAAGGCUGGGGCUUUUCUACGUGCUGCGAACAAUACUUAUGCCUACGGCUCAAACUGUCUCCGAGACGAUCCCUCCGGAAAAUGCGCCACUUUUCGUGGAGGUUUAUAUCGCCAACUCGAAUCGCAGACACGCGGAAAAGUCAACGAGUCACGAAUUGCAACCGAUGUUGACGACAGACGACAGGUAGUACUCGACAGCGAAGUGAUCACUUUGAAUGAUCGCAACAACAUGACAGCUUUCCCCCUAGCCGUUGCGCUCUCCGGGAUGGGGGGCGAGCAAGGUUACACACCGUUGAACGCUCUAGGACUGGGAUCUAACUCUACGGUACUUAGCCUACUACACACGGCCGGCACAGUCCCCUCAAGAUCAUGGUCGUAUUUUUCAGGGCGCGUAGGGGCUUCUCGAGACUCACAAUUCAAUGGUUCAAUCGUGCUAGGCGGGUAUGACCGUGCAACGAGACAGGGGGACAACUUGACACUGCCAGUGCAGUUUAGUGGGGAAUGUGGCUCUGGCUUGCCUAUCCGUGUCACAAACAUGACUAUGAACUAUCCCAAUGGCACCGAUCAUGGCAUCUUCACAAGAGAAGAACCAAUGCUUACCUGCCUGUUUCCCGACGACGUCGCUGUCAUGUCCAUUCCCCUCACUGGAGUCUUCCAUAAUUUCUACGACGUGCGUGAGGGGCUCGCCAUCUCUGGAAAUAGCGAUCGGUCGUUUGGAACCAAUUAUUACACGAUGCUUUACGAGAAUGAACCUGUCGCAUAUAAAGGAGACACUUCUGUAGAAAUCGAAGGGAAAAUGACGAUACGGAUCUCAAAUGACCAGCUUGUCAGACCUGAACUCACGAUCGCGGACUCCGGAGAAAUUCAAGCCAAUACUUCCCGACCCAUUCUGAAUAUAGAUUCCCUACAAAGUGAGACCGGAGGCAAGACCCCUUCGUUUGGAUCUGGGUUUUUCUCUGCAAUGACCUUGCUCGUCAAUUAUGAUUCUGGAAAGUUCACUAUAUGGCCAGGGAGGGCGACGUAUGAGCAGGAUUUGGUACCCAUCGCCUCGGAUCACACUACAGCUGUUUGCAAAAACACACCAGACCCCGGACCAAGCCUGCCAGAGCCAUCAGCAACAGUGGUGAAGGAGAACAAGGGAAUUCCCAGCAGUACUCUUGCUGGAAUCGUGGUUGGUUCCGUCGUAGGUAUUGCCCUCAUUGUGUCCGCCAUAGUCUUCAUCAGAAGACGAAAAAGUACGAGCAAGCCAGACGAGAAAGUCGACGAGAUAAUUCCACCUGAAUGGAAAGCUUAUGGAGCGCCAGCCUUUACCAAAUCCCAAAGCCCAGUACAAGAGCCGCAGGAGAUCGGCCCAGGUACAAGAUACAGCGGGCUUCCAGAACUCGAAGCACCCUCGAGGAUGACACGAUGA